AUGUCGGCGCACGCGCAGUGGCUAAACUGGGAGCUCGUCUGCUUGGCAACCCUUUUUGCUAGUAAACGCUACCGAUUGGCGUUGGGUGCUCGGCAAUCGGCUCUUGGAACUUGGCACUUAGCACUCACUUGGCAACCCUCGCUGCUGGGGGUCGAAAAACGAGGGGCAAGUGGGCGGAGCGGAGUGGAGUGGGGCAGACGAGCGCCGAGCUUGCGUCAAGUGCGGACGCCAGUUGGACGCAGUUCGGGAUUGGAGGCAGCCACGUUUCCUAGUCAUCCGCCGUGUGUGCAGCAUCGCCUGUGUCUCUUCCGUUCCGUGCCGCAAGUGUGGCGUUCCGCGAGCGAGAUGUGAAGCGGAUCCUCGCCAGCGUUCAUCCUCUCAUUAUCAUUAAAGGGACCCAGUUGCCCACGCUUGGACUGAAGGCUCCGCUUCUCUCUUCUUGAAUUUCCAUUGCGGACCGGCGACGCUUGUGUUUUUGCGUUUGCACGUCCAACGGUAAUUCGGGGAAUCGCUUUCCAGGAACGACAGAUAAUUAUUUAAUUGUUUUAACUAAAAUGCGACAGCACUGCCAUAAAUAGAGAGAGCGGGGAAGAGCGCAUACCCACACUCAAGAACAGUGGCUUUGCUGGCUGGUAACGUCCGAAAGCCAUACACACACACACACACUCACACAAUCAGUAAGCUGAGCUAAUCUCUUAUCAUCCGACGACUAUUCCUCCCCCUCUAAGCCACCCCUCUCAGUGGGCUUCGGCGGUAUAGUUUUUCUACCAGUGUAAGAGUGCUGCCAUGCAGCAGGCGAUGAGUCCGCUCCGUGCAAUCGCAGCAUGCAGUGCGAGCAUGUGCAUCAUCACCUCGACGUCGAUGUCGAUCGCGAUCCCCGACGCUCUCCGCCUCUCGCUCUCCGUGUGAGUUUUCCCGCCAAGGGUGGCGCAGUUGGAAAAUGAGCGCGUGCGAGGCGGCGGCCGCAGGCGAGGACGGGACCUCGUCCAAGUCCAAGUCCAAGUCCGAGGAGAGCCAGCCGCCGGAGGAUCAGCAGAAGCAGCAGCAGCAGCAGCUAGACAAGCAAGACAAGUGCGAGAAGCAGAUAUACAAACAGCAGCAGGAGAAGCACCCGCAGAAUGACAAGGCCGAGGCGGAGGUCCCGGAGCAGCCCAGUCCACACCUGCAGAUGGCCAUACGGAGCUCCGUGCUCCUGGACGCCGGGGCCGCUGCUCCCUCGAUCGAUGCGCUGGUGGCCUGCAAGGAUGCACUGCUCGCCCAGAAGCUGUUCGUCAGCGGCGGAGGCGCCACGCCCGGACCCAGCUCCUCGUCCUCGUCCGCGGCGGUGGGAGCGGGUGGGGUCAGCGGCAAGGACCUGCUCAAGCUGAAGGAGCCGAUGCGCGUGGGCUUCUACGACAUCGAACGCACCAUCGGCAAGGGCAACUUCGCCGUGGUCAAGCUGGCCCGGCACCGCAUCACCAAGAACGAGGUGGCCAUCAAGAUCAUCGACAAGUCGCAGCUGGACCAGACCAACCUGCAGAAGGUCUACCGCGAGGUGGAGAUCAUGAAGCGCCUCAAGCACCCGCACAUCAUCAAGCUCUACCAGGUUAUGGAGACCAAGAACAUGAUCUACAUCGUGUCGGAAUACGCCAGCCAGGGCGAGAUCUUCGAUUACAUUGCGAAGUACGGACGAAUGUCGGAGUCGGCGGCCAGGUACAAAUUCUGGCAGAUCAUCUCGGCGGUGGAGUACUGCCACAAGAAGGGCAUCGUGCACCGCGACCUGAAGGCCGAGAACCUGCUCCUGGACCUCAACAUGAACAUCAAGAUCGCGGACUUCGGCUUCUCGAACCACUUCAAGCCGGGCGAGCUGCUGGCCACCUGGUGCGGCUCGCCGCCGUACGCGGCUCCCGAGGUCUUCGAGGGCAAGCAGUACACCGGUCCGGAGAUCGACAUCUGGUCGCUGGGCGUGGUCCUCUACGUGCUGGUCUGCGGCGCCCUGCCUUUUGAUGGGUCCACGCUGCAGAGCCUGCGGGACCGCGUCCUCUCCGGCCGCUUCCGCAUCCCGUUCUUCAUGAGCUCCGAGUGCGAGCACCUCAUCCGGCGCAUGCUGGUGCUGGAGCCGACGCGGCGCUACACCAUCGAGCAGAUCAAGCGCCACCGCUGGAUGUGCCCCGAGCUGCUGGAGCACGUCCUCAUCGCCAAGUACAACCUGGGCGCCGAGCGGCAGGCGAGUCUGGAGCCCAGCGAGGACAUCCUGCGCAUCAUGGCCGAGUACGUCGGCAUCGUGCCGGACAAGACGCGGGCCAGCCUCAAGAAGAACACCUACGACCACGUGGCGGCCAUCUACCUGCUCCUGCAGGACCGCGUCAGCCACAAGAAGGAGCAGAGCAACGGCUCCGUGUCCUCGUCCUCGUCCGUGUCCUCCUCCUCGAGUCGAAUGCUCUUCAAGAGCACCAAGAUCGAGCAGCAGCAGCAGGCGCCACAGCACCCACAUCCACAUCCACAGCAGCAGCAGCAGCAGCAGUCCAAGACAAUAUCAACCAGCUCGAUCCUGGCCAAGGAUCAGGGCCACAAAAGACUUAGCCGCCAUCAGACGGUGCUCAUGAGCGAGCGGACGGCCCACGCCGGGUCGACGCCCACCGGUCCCCCAAUGGACACCCCGUCCGCACACGCCUACUACGCCAAGUACGGCCCCCUGCAGCUGCCACUCCCACUCCCACUGCCCCUGCCCGGCCACGCCCACCUGGACAGCUACCUCAACGGAGCGGGAGCUGCAGCAGGAGCAGGAGCGGGAGCGGGAGGAGGUGAGCCCCUCGAUCCCCCGGGGAUCCCCCUGCCCAUGCGGUACACUCCCCUGCCGGCGGCCGCCUCGCCCGCCCCCUCCAACUGCUCCUCCACGUCCGCCUCCUCGCGGAUCGGCCGCCAGAGCCACCCUGGAGGAGCCUCCUCCUCGGCGCGGAGCCACCGGCCGGUGGCCAUCUCGCUCAGCAUCGACCACAAUCCCUCGCUGGCCAACCUGCGCUGCCGGGAGAUGAUGGAGGCGGGGGGCGGACCCAUCGGCGGCGCCUGUGUGGGAGUGCCGCUGGCGUCCAAGCAGCUCCACCAGACCAUCAGCGAGUACAUAAUCAAACAGAGCACCGAAGACUGCCGGGCGCUGCUGCAGCAGUCCACAGCUGUGGCGGAGGCCAGUGGCAAGGAGGAGGCCUCGAAGGCGGAGGAGGCUCCUCCGCCCGCUGCCACCACGCCCACCUCCACCUCCACGCCCACGUCCAACGCAGCUGAGGCAGCCAGCGGCAAGACAACGAAGGCCAUGUCCAGCUCGAGCAGCUUCGACUCGAAGGCCAAUCUCGGCCAGAGCUUCCGCUACAAGAUGUCGGCGGAGGCCAGCAAGCUGUUCCAGACGCUCCAGGAGAGUCCCCUGCCAGUGGAGCAACGGGCCAAGCGACGCGGGCAUCUGGCGAGCACAAACGGGAGUGGCGGCGACUCCGGCCAGGAGGCGAACGAGUCCAAGUCGAACGGCGACAGCCGCCAGGAGAAGAAGGUGCUGGCCCAGGGCAGCUCCAGCACGGACGAGGGCUGCGAGACGGACCAGGGCAACGACGGACGCGACGGCUCCGUCUCGCAGGAGUCGAAGGGCAACGGCGGACCCACCUCGCACUCCAGCAGUGACCUGACCCACCUGGCCGGCGCCUCCGGGGCCUCCUCCGGGCAGAGCCACCGGAUGCGCUCCUACGCCAGCAGCAGCUCCUCCAGCGGAGUGCUCGCCGGGAGCUACUCGAAGAGCCUCAGCCAGAACCUGAGUCGCGGCUCCUCGAAGAGCAACUGCAGCGGGCCCUACGACAGCCUGGACUUCGCCCUGCCCUCCGGCAAGGGCAGCCUGCCCUCCUGCAUGGGCUCCGCCUCCAUGCUGGCCACGCCCACGCCGACGGCCACUCCGACGCCCGCCUCCGCCGGAGCCCUCUCCUCGGAGCACUCGUCGGAGCGGUCGCUCUACGGGAGCCACAGCUCGUGCAUCCACAUGCCCGGCCUGGGAGUCGGACUGGGAGCCGGCGCCCUGGCCCUCGGACUGGGCCUCCCGCAGAGCUCGGCCUCCACGCCCACGCCGAACCCGACUCCGCCGCCGCCGCCCGGAGGAGCUCCGUUCCUGGACAAGCGCUCGCCCAUCCACUUCCGCGAGGGACGGCGGGCGAGCGACGGACUGGUGGCCCAGGGGCUCCUCAGCUCCGGCUCCCUUCUGGGGACCAGUCGCGUCUACGGCAGCUACCGCUACGAGCAGGCCAAGCGGCACGGCUGGCUGGAGAUCCAGCAGCUGCAGCAGGAGGCGGCGAUGCAUCCGCACCAGCAUCCGCAUCCGCAUCCGCAUUCGCAUCAUAAUCAGCUGCAGCACCAGCACUCCCAUCCCCACUCCCAUUCCCAUACGCAUUCGCAUACCCAUCAACAUCCGCAUCCACAUCCGCAUCCGCAUCCGCAGGCUUUCGGGUUGGAGGAGCUCUGUCAAUUUCCGAACAGUCAAUUCUACGCGCUGCCCGGCAAGCACCAUCCGCUGCUGACGCUGCCGCACCACCACCAAGGACACCAAGGACACCCAGUGCAGCACCACCACCCUGGCCACCACCCGCUGUUCCACCCGGGCCACAACCACCAGCCACAGCUGCUCCUGGACAGCGCCGCUGGCGGGGAUCUGUACGGACACGGCUGCUACGCUCCGCCUCCGCCGCCGCCAGGACUCUACCCCCACCACCCGCUGAACCAGCUGGGAGUGGGAGUGGGAGUGGGCGUUCCCGUGGGUGUGGGCAUGGGCGUUCCUGUCGCCAUGUCGCCGAUGCAGAAGCCCCCGCUGCAGCAGCAGCUCCUGCAGCACCGCCUGCUGCAGCAGAAGCGCCAGCUCUUCCAGAAGCAGUACGCCCUGGAGGCUCAGCUGGCCGCCGGACGCCACCACCACCACCAGCAGCACCACCAGUCGGGCCACCACCACUUCGGCCACGGACUGGGACACCCGCCGCCGCCGCCUCCGCCAGCUCCGGCUCCCCCGCCCGCUCCCGCUCCCGAGCAGCACCUGGCCGAGGAGCUGUACGAGCUGGCCCUGCUCGAGCGGCCCAGGAGCGGCACUCCGCGGCUGCAGCACUCGAUGACGAUGCCCGGGGCGCACGCCUUCAGCCAGAUGAACCUGAAGACCUCCUACAUCAGCCAGGCGGAGCAGCCAGGUGGUCAGUCGGUCCAGUCCAACGGAGGCGCUCUCGCGGAUCGCGGGGCAUCCUCGGCGUCCGCGGAAUCCUGCUCGGCGCCUCCGUCCACGGCGCCUAGCACGCCUACAGUGAAGUGCAAGCCAGCCACGCCCCACGGGCACAGCCUGGAGGAGGACUACCAUACGGCGGCGCCGGUGCUCAGCCUCUUCGCUCCCAACUGGCAGUCGCUGGUGAAGCCGCUCAGCGAGAGUCCCAUCCUCGAGAUCUCCGAGCACCUGGAGUCGGUUUGAAGGGGCGGAAGCGGAUGUGGGAAUGCUCAUGCUCAGUGGGGGGAAGGAACUACUAUGUAGGUGCCGGAAGGGCCACCUUUUUAUUACGCUCGCAAUCGCAAUUACGAAUUACGAAAUACGAAUUAGUUGAUCCAUAUACGAUAUACAGCCAUAUACAUAUACAUACAUAGCCUUUACACGUACGUAUACCUACAUAUACCGAAGCGGAUGCGGAUGCGGAUGCGGAUGCAUCUUAACUGAAGCAGAUGCCGAAGCGACGAGCGACGCCGUAAUAUUGGAAAAUUUAGUUGUGUUACUAGCCUUAAGUAGUCCAAGUUUCAUACGCAUACACGCAGCCAUAUACAAUAUGUAUAUUGAUAAUAAUAGCGUUAAGCUAUAGCCCUACUUACUAUACGACGACACUAUACACUGUGCGUUUACACACUACACACUAUAUAGUAUGGAAUGCAUUAGUAGCAUUGCCCCGCGAACUCGGAACUCCGUUGGGCGGAUCGCGGAUCGAUCGGAUCGCGGAUCGGAUGGGAACGACGUAACUACAUAUAUCAAUUAUUCGAAGCAUUUAUUGGGGGCAGGGGGUGUAUCCCUAUUCGGAUAUAUCCAUUAUGUAUUGGUACAAUAAUUAGCGACAAGCAAAAAAAAAAAAAGAAAACAAAAACGAAAGAAAAACUAAAACAAAACUAAACAAACAUCGAUUGUUCUUAAACAUGGAAUUCAAAUGUAAACCAGAUAUUAAAGUCAUUUGGUAUAAAAUGCAAAA